AUGUCCGAGUUGAAGGAGCCAGUGAGCCUUGCCCACUAUAUUUGGACCCGAAUACAUCAACUUGGCGUUCGUUCUGUGCACGGGGUUCCUGGGGACUACAAUUUAAAUCUUCUGGACAAUAUUUCAUCAACAGGUCUCCGGUGGGUUGGAAGCUGCAAUGAGCUCAACGGGGGAUAUGCCACGGACGGCUAUGGGCGAGUAAAGGGAAUUGGGGUCCUGGUGACUACCGGCGGCGUCGGUGAGUUAUCAGCGAUAAAUGCACAUGCUGGUGCGUACUCAGAGCAAGUAUCUCUGGUGCAUAUCGUUGGAUCACCUCCUUUAAGUAUCCGGGCGAACAAACGAUUUUGCAUGCAUCACAGCCUCGGAAAUCAUGAAUAUGAUACUUUUAAGAACAUGUUCAAGACAAUCUCCGUUGCUCAUGUAACUCUUGCCGACGUUUCAAGCGCCCCCGCGCAGAUCGACUGUGCUCUAAGGCAGUCAUGGGUAGCAAGCAGACCUGUCUACAUUGACGUCCCUUCUGACAUGGGCAAAAGAGAUAUUGAGGGUGCAGGGUUAGCAACUCCCUUAGAACUAUCUUAUCCCGUAAAUCCCCCAGAGGGACAGCAAGAAAUUUUGGCCAAGUUACAAGAGCGACUUCAUGUUGCAAAAAGGCCGUGCAUAUUGAUCGAUCUAUGCGCCACACGGCAACGAAUUACAAAGGAAGUGCAUCAACUAAUUGCCAAAUCGCGCCUACCUACUUUUGUCACCCCUCUGGCACAAGGAUUCGUCGACGAAUCCCUACCCAAUUUCGGAGGUCUCUACGCAGGGUAUGGUUCAGCGCCAGGAGUACGAGACUUCGUUGAGAGCUCCGACCUUAUCCUUCACCUUGGCCCUCUUGACACCGAUGUCACCACGUAUCUCGGAUCGGCCAACCUGAACAAGUCCUCUGUGGUCAGAUUCCUUACAGAUCAAGUUGAGAUGGACGACACGCAGUAUCAAUUGCUCCACAUGAGACCGCUCUUGCUGGCAGCAAUCGUUGAUCUAGACUUUUCCAAGGUCUCUGUCGAAUCAUUCAACCCGCCGUCCCCAAAUGGCUUCCUCUCGACAACUGGUGGCAGUUCGCUCAUAAGUCAGGAUUGGUUGUGGCCCUACAUAAGUAGCUGGUUGGAACCUGAAGAUAUUAUCCUAACCGAUACCGGCACUGCAAGCUUUGGCAUAUUUAACACGAGGCUUCCGCCCAGGAGUUUAUUAAUCAAUAUCAGUCUCUGGGCGAGCAUUGGGUAUUCGCUUCCAAGCGCACAGGGCGCCGCCUUGGCGGCCCAAGACGACGGAUCCAAUCGAAGAACAAUACUAUUUCAAGGGGACGGCAGUUUUCAGUUGACGUGUCAAGAGAUAAGUACCAUGAUAAAGCACCGUUUGCGAGUGAUAAUGUUUAUUAUUUGCAACAACGGAUACACCAUUGAACGAGUGGUGCACGAGACCAAUGAGGACUACAACGACGUUUCCAACUGGAAUUACAAAGAAAUUCUACGCGUGUUCGAUUCGAAGUCGCUGUGUAGUCGAUCCUAUCAAGUCCGGACUCAGGAUGAAUUGACAAAUUUGUUGGCGGACAAAGAAUUCUCAAGCUACAAAGGGUUGGUUGAACUACAUAUCCCCGAACUCGACGUCCCCGCUCCUCUGAGGCGACUUGCGGAGUUGAUCACGGCGAGAUAA